AUGCGGAACCCAAUAGUACUAGUCCCCAAGCCAGAUGGGACAGUCCGAUUCUGCAUCGACUUUCGCAAGGUGAACAUGAUCUCUCGUUUUGAUGCCUAUCCCAUGCUGCGGGUGGAUGAGCUGCUGGAACGAUUGGGGAAGGCUGAAUUCAUCUCCACCCUAGAUCUGACCAAGGGAUAUUGGCAGAUCCCUCUGACACCCAUCUCUAGAGAAAAGACAGCUUUUCCCAUACCCUUCGGCCUCUUCCAAUUCACAAUGAUGUCUUUUGGAUUACACGGGGCCGCGGCCACCUUCCAGCGACUUAUGAAUCAAGUGCUGAGCCCCCACAGUUCAUACGCCGCAGCAUACAUCGACAACAUCGUCGUUUACAGUUCUAGUUGGGAGGAACAUCUCAACCACCUUGCUGACGUGCUGCAUACCCUGGGCAAGGCCAGCCUCACUGCAAACCCGGCCAAAUGCCACUGGGGCCAACGAGAAGUGACCUACCUAGGCUAUACGGUGGACCGAGGAAGACUCCGCCCUUUGGUGGACAAAGUAGAGGCCUUGAAAAGCUACCCCACGCCCACGACAAAAAGACAAGUUCGGCAGUUCUUAGGGCUAGCCGGAUACUACCAACGGUUUGUACCCAACUUUGACACACUCGUGGCCCCCCUCACAGACCUGAUAAAAAGCUCCCAGCCCAAGAAGGUCCAGUGGUCAAAAGCCUGUGAAGAGGCCUUCGGUGCCCUGCGCGACCACUUAACCCGGGAGCCUGUGCUGAGACAGCCAGACUUCACAAAGCCCUUUAUUCUCCAGACUGACGCCUCCAAGUCUCUUCUGGCUGCACCUGUGUCUGAACUCGGUGGUUCUGAAUCACUCAGACUGCUGAAUGGAGAGAGCCGGUGUGAUGGGAGAGUUGAGAUUUCCCUCCAUGGUGCGUGGGGCAGAGUGCUGGAUGACCAGUGGGACAUGGACGAUGCUAGCGUGGUGUGCAGGGAGCUCCAGUGCAGAGUCGCUGAGAAAGCUUAUAACCCCCCUAAGUCUGAGCGAGGAACGGGCCCCGUGGGGCUGAGAAGGGUCCAGUGUGCAGGAAACAAGACUAAUCUGAUGCUCUGCAUCAUCUCCACAUCUGAGGCAGAGCAGGCAGGAAUUGCUGAGGAUGUCAGCGUUGUUUGCUCAGGGAGCAGGCGGAUCAGACUGGUGAAUGGGGCAGGUCGCUGUGCCGGGAGAGUGGAGAUUUAUUACAAUGGCAGCUGGGGGACAGUCUGUGAUGAUUCCUGGGAUCUGUCAGACUCCAAUGUCAUUUGCAAACAACUUGGAUGGGGACACGCCAUCAAUGCAACCGUCUCUGUUCAUGAUGGGCAAGGAUCCGGGCUGAUCUGGCUGGAUGAUGUGAACUGCUCUGGGAAUGAAUCCAAUCUCUGGGACUGUCCUUCCAGGGGAUGGGGCCAGCACAACUGCAGACACAAACAGGACGCAGGAGUUCUCUGCUCAUAAUUCACGGAUCUGAGACUGGUGAGUGGCAAGGACAGAUGCUCGGGGAGAGUGGAGGUUUGGUACCGUGGCUCCUGGGGAACAGUUUGUGAUGACUCCUGGGACAUGGCGGAUGCUAACGUUGUGUGUAAACAACUGGGCUGUGGAUCUGCUGUAUCUGCCCCGGGCGAGGCUGCAUUCGGUGAGGGGAAUGGUUCCAUCUGGGUGGAGAAGGUGAACUGCAGAGGGACAGAGUCAUCUCUCUGGGACUGUUGUUCCAAGCCCUGGGAUGAGAGUAACUGUGACCAUAAGGAGGAUGCUGCUGUGAAUUGCUCAGGGCUUCUCCUCCCUGCCCCACUGAGGCUGGCGGAUGGAGGCAGCCCCUGUGCUGGGAGAGUGGAGGUUAAACACCAGGAUCAGUGGGGGACGGUGUGUGAUCCCAACUGGGACAUGGAAGAUGCUAAGGUGGUUUGUAAGCAGCUGGGAUGUGGAUCUGCUGUCAGUGCCCUUGGUAAUGCUCAUUUUGGAGAAGGAUCUGGACGGACUUGGCUGUUUUUAGUUGAUUGUGGUGGUGACGAGUCAGCUCUCUGGGACUGCAGUCAUAGAGGAUGGGGUGCAUUACAGUGCUCUCAUUUCUAUGACACUGGAGUGAUCUGCUCAGGGCUCACAGGGUUCCGGCUGGUGAACGGCAGCUCAGAGUGCUCAGGAAGGGUGGAGAUCCAGGUUCUUGAUACCUGGGGAACCCUCUGUGACUCACGCUGGGAUUUACCAGAUGCCAACGUUCUCUGUCGGAGCCGGCAGAUCAGACUGGUGAAUGGGACAGGUCGCUGUGCCGGGAGAGUGGAGAUUUAUUACAACGGCAGCUGGGGGACAGUCUGUGAUGAUUUCUGGGACUUACUGGACUCCAAUGUUGUUUGCAAACAACUGGGAUGUGGACGUGCCAUCAAUGCAACUGUCUCUGCUCAUUAUGGGCAAGGAUCUGGGCAGAUCUGGCUGGAUGAUGUGAACUGCUCUGGGAAUGAAGCCAAUCUCUGGGCGUGUCCUUCCAGAAGCUGGGGCCAGCACAACUGCAGACACAAAGAGGAUGCAGGAGUUCUCUGCUCAG